AUGUGGCGUGCUCAGGCCAUGGCUAACAGGAGGUGGAGAAACACUGUUGGAGCUAACGAGAUUGCUCAGGUGAUUCAUCGCAUGGUGGAUGCGAUGCAUCCUAUUGCUGCUCAGCCCAGAGUCGUGGUGGCACCCGUACGCCCGGUGACGAUGGAGGAUUUCAUGAGACAUAAGCCCUCGAAGUUCUCUGAAAAAUCUUCCCCUGACGAGGCAGACGCAUGGUUGAGAGAGUGGGAGAAGAUCUGUAGGGUGAUAGACUGCACUGAUGCACAAAAGCUGUCAUUUGUCACUUUCCUUUUAGUGGCAGAUGCGGAGUACUGGUGGGUUGGCAUGCAACAGUUGAGACAGACUCGUGACGAGGAGAUCACCUGGACUUCCUUCAGGACCAAAUUCCUCGAGAAGUUUGAGUAUCUGGCACGAUUCUAUUCACCUGCAGUCACUGAGGAGUGGAGGUGCAGGAAGUAUGAGGGCGGACUAAAACAUGAGCUGCGCCGGUUCAUAGUACCACUCCGCAUCAGAGAGUUUUCGAUCUUGGUGGAGCAGGCCAAGGCGGUGGAGCAGCUAAAGACGGGACCCAGUGGUGGGACUCGACCACAGAGGACCACAACCGACCCCCGUCAACAAAAGAAACCAUACACCAAACCAUCAUCUCCAUCCAGGAAACUGCAGUGUUUUAACUGUGGUGGUGAGCACUUAAGGAGGGACUGUCCAAAACCCUCUAGCAGUGCUGGAGGCAGCAGUAGCACUAGCAAGUGCUAUGUGUGUGACCAGACAGGACAUUAUGCCAGACAUUGUCCUAAUAAGAAAUCAGUUGGAGGUGCACCAAUCAGGAAACCAGUGGGAGAUAGGCCCCGAGCACCAGGGCGUGUCUUUGCGCUGACGACCACAGAGGCGACUCAGUUAGGUAAUCUGGUACAGGAUACUUGUUUGUUGUUUGGUAACCGUGUGGUAGUGUUGUAUGAUUCAGGAGCUACCUAUUCAUUCGUAUCUAAUGAAUGUGUGAGGAGGCUCGGGCUUGUGAUACGGGAGCUGGGGUGCGAGUUAAUAGUCGCCACACCAGCGUCAGGCGAGGUGUCCACCAGUUCUGCUUGCGUGGGAUGCCAUAUGGAGGUGGCGGGUCGCAGAUUUAAGGUGAAUCUGAUUUGCUUGCCCAUGAAGGGUCUUGAUGUCAUUUUGGGUAUGGACUGGUUGUCGAGCAAUCAUGUGGUGAUCGAUUGCGGACGACGCAGGGUGGUAUUCCCUGAGACAAUAGGGUUGGAGCUCAUCUCUUCUAAUCAGGCUGUGAAGGAGAUAGAGGAUGGCGCCACAUGUUUCAUGAUAGUGGCUCAUGCAGAGAAGUUGAGUACUGUAGAGAGAAUCAGCAAAAUUCCUGUGGUGGAGGAGUACGCAGACGUCUUUCCGGAUGAGAUUCUGGAAUUGCCACCGAGCCGGGAUGUGGAUUUCACUAUAGAUCUCAUCCCUAGGGCUGGUCCAGUGUCCAUGGCACCUUAUCGGAUGGCACCAGCCGAGUUAUCUGAAGAAGCAGAUUAA